CUGCUUGGUACAUGGGCAAAGCAAAGUCCAUUUUCAAGAGAAAUCGAUUAUUAGUUUAUAGAUCUUUAUAUACGGACGCUAUUCUCUUCGGUAAAUAUAUGCACUGUCCAAUGCCAGUCUUAAACAUGUUGUAUUUCUGACAUGGCAGAUGGUGACCAUGAUGUUGCAAGUUGGUCAAAGGAGCAAGUUGCUUCAUGGCUGGAAAAGAAAGGCUUGGGGGACUAUGCAGAAGUGUUUCAAAGACACAAGAUUGAUGGCUCUGUUUUACUGAUGAUGAAGGAAUCUGAUCUUAGGCAGCCUCCUCUAGAAAUAAAUAUCCUUGGAGAUAUGAAAAAACUAGUUAACUAUAUAGGAGAACUACAACACAGGGCACAAAGCGAUAACCAUGUUUGUCAUUUACACAACACUGUAGAUAGAACAUCCCUUAGCACUUGUUCUACUCCAAGGCACAAUUUGUAUAGGGUUAGUGCAAAUGAAAAUGUUUCUGAUGAUGAUACUGAUGAACUAAUCGAGGAGGAAGUAGAAAGAAUAGUAAAUAGAAGUGGUCGUUAUGCUCAAAAUGUGGAACCAGAGAUAUUCAAGACAGUUCUCAGCUUUGUCUACAUGUUUUUUGUGUUUCUGUUGACAUCAUUUAUCAUGACAGUGGUUCAUGAUCGUGUUCCAGAUCCAAAGAAAUAUCCACCUUUGCCAGAUUUGUUCUUAGACAAUAUGCCUUACGUGCCCUGGGCUUUUCAAGUCUGUGAAAUGAUUGGUGUCACAAUGUUUUGCAUUUGGGCUUUGUUACUUUUCUUUCACAAGUACAGGUUUACCUUGAUGCGGCGCAUGUUUUCUAUGCUGGGGACCAUUUUCCUGCUGCGCUGUGUGAGCAUGCUCAUAACCUCCCUGUCUGUACCAGGAAUACAUCUCCAGUGUGAUCAAAAGUUUGAAACAUGGUAUGCCAAGCUGACACGGACAUACGAGAUAUGGAGCGGUAUGGGAAUGACGAUCCACGGCGUGAACUCUUGUGGGGAUUACAUGUUCAGUGGACAUACCUCAUGUGUCACUCUUCUCAACUUUUUCAUCACAGAAUAUACUCCCCGCCGGAUGCUCCAGCUACACACCUUCACCUGGGUGUGUAAUCUGUUUGCCAUUUUCUUCCUACUGGCAGCCCACGAGCACUACUCCAUCGACGUGUUCAUCGCUUUCUAUAUCACAAGCCGUCUCUUUCUGUACUACCACACGCUGGCCAACAACCGCUCACUGAUGGCGAGGGACAAGCAGAGACGUAAAGCAUGGUUCCCACUCUUCUCGUACUUUGAGUCCAAGUGUGAUGGAAUUGUGCCUAACGUGUAUGAGUGGCCUUUUCCAUAUCCAAAAUCGCUAGUCAACUAUUUUGAAAAGAAGCAGAAAAAGCAUUGAAUGUGUGAUUAAAUUUUGUGUCAACAUGCUGAUGGACUUUCGGGUAGUCUUUUUCAAUGCAAUGUUGUAGCAGCUGUAUUACUGUAUAAAGUUUCACAUUGUAAUUAUAUUUUUACAAAUUUUGUUUGUUUUCUUUUCUUUUUAGUGUGUAAUGUUAUGGUAUAAUUAUACUCAAUUUUUGUCUCAUUCUUCAUAUUAUGUAUAUUAUUUUUCAAUAUGGUUUUUCUUGUUUAUGUUUUGAAUCUUUUUCAAGGGAAUUUCCACAGUAUCGAAUACAAAUAAAUUGCAAAUCUGCAGGUAUAAGUUUCACUGUACAAAAUUAAUUACAUAGUACAUUUGUCGAUCCAAAUGAUUGUGACUGAAAGCUUAUAGAUAUCAUUGCUUUCUUUCUUUGCAAAUGGCCUUGCUUGAAUAUGAAAUAGCCUUGAAAUUUUUGAUUGCAUCCAUGACAGAUAACAAAAAUAUAAAAAUAAUUCAAUGUAAGAUCAAUGCCAAGUAUAUGUUGCUACUCGUCAGCAUUGAAAACAGAUAUUUAUGUGUAACUUCAUUUUCGCCUUAUUUUAUGACAUUGAACAAAAUACUUAACAUGUCAUUGUGUUAAAAAUGUGUGAACAAUUGAUAUCUCUUUUUAUUUAUGAUGUAUUACAAAUCCAUGUCUUGCCUUGUACAAGCUAUUUCCGAUGCAACACGGUCUGUGAUAAUCAAGUUAAUGUGUUCUUUUUCAAUCUGACACUCUACUUCGUAUUUAUAAAGCUCAUUUUGUUAUGUGUAUUGAUUUGUUGUUUUUGACAUUAUUAUAUGAUAGCAAACAAAUGUUUUACACCCCUGAAAUGUUUAAAAAUGAUUAUUCUUUAUACAUUGUAUCUAUUUUUCAAAUCAACCACCUUUUUACAAUGUUUUUCAACUGACAUACAUUUUGGCUACAGCCAGUUGGAUCCACAGCUUAUCUUUUGACCAGUUUAAAUAAUUGAUGUGUCAAUAGUAAUUAUUGGAUAAAUAUUGGCCAAUCAAUAAAAUAUAUAUGGCAUAUAGUGAUCACAUUACUGUCCAUGUGUAUGUGCUUCAGUUUCCCUCCAUCACAUUCCUGUCAGGGCGCUAACUUUAUGAUUGAUGAGAUUUCUCUUAAACUCCACAAACUUGUAUAGAACUGUAGUUAGGUGUGUUCCUAAUAAUAUUUGUGUGCUUUCAUCUACAAGGUCAAGGUCACACUUGGAGGUCAACAGUAUAAAAUGUGGAUAGCAAUGAUUUGUGUUUCAGCCAUUACUUAUUAACUAAUAAUGGGAAUUCAACUUCACAGAAUUUUAAAGCAUUUAAUGAAGGUGUGUCCUGUUUUUGAUUUGUGCUUAAUGUUUAAUAAUUCAUGUACCGUAUGAUAUUUAUAGCACACUUUGUUUCUCGUUCAUAAUUAUUUUUAUUCUUAAUGGUAAUUCAAUCAAGUUGUACCGCAUGAUUUUUGUGCUGACAUCUCAAAGGUCAAGGUUAUAGUUGGGAAUCAGUUUUACACAAUAAGUUUUUUUUUAAUGAAUUGAUUAAUAUGGCCUUGAUUAACCGUCUCCGUGGCCUAGUGGUUAAGCGUCCGCCUACGGAGCGGGAGGUCGUGGGUUCGAUCCCUGGCCGCGUCAUACCAAAAGACGUUAAAAAUUGGUACAAGUAGCUCCCUUUCCUGGCGCUUGGCAUUUAAAGGGUAGUGCUUGGAAAAGUGGUGUACUCAGUACUGGUUUAACCCAGGAAAGUUGUACCCCGUGUAUCGGUGAAUUACACCGAGCACGUAAAAGAACCAAGGGGUCUCUUCGAAAAAAGAGCUAGGGUAUCGCACCCGGACUUCCUUGUAUCCCACCACUGUCUCUUCAGCGUGCUGUCCCUUCAGCAAAAACAAAGGACCCCAUUGGAAAUAAGUGCUUGCACUUUCAUGGGUUAUCCUUGACCGCAAGGUCUGAAGAAAUACAUACAUACAGAUUACUUAUUUACUGAGUUAUUGUAAAUUGAUUAAUAUGGCCUGGAUUACUUAUUAACUGAGUCAUUGUGAAUUGAUUAAUAUGGCCUGGAUUACUUAUUAACUGAGUUAUUGUGAAUUGAUUAAUAUGGCCUGGAUUACUUAUUUACUGAGUUAUUGUGAAUUGAUUAAUAUGGCCUGGAUUACUUAUUUACUGAGUUAUUGUGAAUUGAUUAAUAUGGCCUGGAUUACUUAUUUACUGAGUUAUUGUGAAUUGAUUAAUAUGGCCUGGAUUACUUAUUUACUGAGUUAUUGUGAAUUGAUUAAUAUGGCCUGGAUUACUUAUUUACUGAGUUAUUGUGAAUUGAUUAAUAUGGCCUGGAUUACUUAUUUACUGAGUCAUUGUGAAUUGAUUAAUAUGGCCUGGAUUACUUAUUUACUGAGUUAUUGUGAAUUGAUUAAUAUGGCCUGGAUUACUUAUUUACUGAGUUAUUGUGAAUUGAUUAAUAUGGCCUGGAUUACUUAUUUACUGAGUUAUUGUGAAUUGAUUAAUAUGGCCUGGAUUACUUAUUUACUGAGUUAUUGUGAAUUGAUUAAUAUGGCCUGGAUUACUUAUUUACUGAGUUAUUGUGAAUUGAUUAAUAUGGCCUGGAUUACUUAUUUACUGAGUCAUUGUGAAUUGAUUAAUAUGGCCUGGAUUACUUAUUUACUGAGUUAUUGUGAAUUGAUUAAUAUGGCCUGGAUUACUUAUUUACUGAGUUAUUGUGAAUUGAUUAAUAUGGCCUGGAUUACUUAUUUACUGAGUUAUUGUGAAUUGAUUAAUUCUGAUAAAAAUUUGAUCUGCAGAUAAUGAAUGAAGGAAAAGAGAUAUUAAUUAAACCUUUCCUAUUUUGCAUCACACUAGUAUAACUAAGCUGUGCUUGUUAAUUCAAGUUUUAUUGUGCUAUAUGAUGGUUUGUGUUUUUAAGGUUCUACUUGUAACAUUCAAUUGCAUUGAAUCUUGGUGAAAAGGCAAUGCUUUAACUGAGGGUUGUAAUUGGCUUUCUUUUGGUUCAUGCCAUGCUCCAAAGACUUUCAUUGAUUCAUGGCCUUUUUGACUUUUUUUGCUAUUGCUUUAUUAUAGCAGACAUUAUUAGCUUGGAGGUCAAAAAGCUAUCUCUCUGACAAGGCUGAGUUGGGGGCAUUUGUCAUGUUCCCGUGACCGCUCUUUAGAAUAUUAUAUCACUAUAACCACUCUCUAUGAAAUUCUCGUAUCAUUUUGAUCAUCAGUCAAGCCUUUACAGAUCUGAUGGGUGUUUGUAAACCUUGCAGGUCAUGGCCAUACAUAUAGGUCUAAGGAGUUUUUGCCUCUAUACACAGUGUCAGAUGGAUGUUUGUAAAACCUGCAGGUCAUGACCAUACAUAUAGGUCUAAGGAGUUUUUGCCUCUAUACAGAGUGUCAGAUGGGUGUUUGUAAAACCUGAAGGUCAUGGCCAUACAUAUAGGUCUAAGGAGUUUUUUGCCUCUAUACACAGUGUCAGAUAGAUGUUUGUAAAACCUGCAGGUCAUGGCCAUACAUAUAGGUCUAAGGAGUUUUUGCCUCUAUACACAGUGUCAGAUAGAUGUUUGUAAAACCUGCAGGUCAUGGCCAUACAUAUAGGUCUAAGGAGUUUUUGCCUCUAUACACAGUGUUAGAUGGGUAUUUGUAAAACCUGCAGGUCAUGGCCAUACAUAUAGGAGCUAUGCCUUUUACCCAGAGAAUAAUUUGCCAUUGCUCUGAAUGGCUACCAAACUCUCAUAGAAUUUGUUAUAAAUAACAAAAAAGAAAAAAGUCACACCACACUCUGGCUAGAAUAUUAAUGGAAUGUCCUUGAUCAAAAUGUUAGACAUUCAUGUGAUGAUUUACAAAAAAAAGUAUUACCAGUUCCAUAUUAUAGAGCGAAAAAACAACAACAUGUAUUUUGAAAGAUGAUUUAUAUUUUUGCCAUGUAGGGCUUGUGCAUCUGCAAGUUGGGACAUCACAAGUCCGAGAGGCUUAGUAAGCACAGUUGUUCUCAUUGGUUGCUGUGUGUUCUGUAUAUGUAUUAUGCAUGGCUUUGUGCUGGAUAUUAUAUUUUUUAUGUAACUGUACAAGAUAGCUUGUUAACAUUAUUGAGUGAUACUUCUGGAUACACAAUAAAUGUGGAGGAAACAUUGCGUUCUGUGUUUAUCCUAAUCAUCUUGCAUACUUUAUUUUUAAAAGAUGACCAAUCUAUCUUACACAUUUAAUUGUGGAAGUUCACAAUAAAAUAUAUUUAGCUCUACUGGCCAAAGGCAAUUGCAAU